AUGUUUGCGGCAGUUCGUGUGUUCAACCUCCUCGUUUUGGAGGAAGGCGAAGAGUACCUCAUCGACUGCCCCGCUUCCCUCACGUACUCCCAUCCGUAUGCAGUUCGCCUCUCCGCGCUGGAGGCGGCGGCGUGUCGCGCGGCUGACUCCUCUGCGAGCGAUGUUUUGCCUGGCAGCGAGUCUUUUCGGCAGGAGGUGCUUCAGCCCCUUCUUCAGACGCUUCAGCACAGCCAGCCAGAGCGAGGCCGGCUGCGCGUCUGCAGCAAGUCGCUGAUUUUUGAUUCGCACCAUCCGUCCGCUGACAUCAUCAAAUUCCCAUUCAGACGCAUUCUCUUUCUGCACGCGCUGCCGACCCCGUCCCAGGGGGCCGCCGGCUCCUUCGAGUUGCCUCCGGCUGGCGGAGGCCUUCCGCCCGACGGGCGCAACUCGUCGACGCUUCUCAUGGCCGCGAGCGAAAUCACACGCGUGCCAACUCAACUUUUCAAUGGAAAGACGCGCUGCGUUCGUCCCUUUACGUCUGACUCAGCGUCGGCUGCGCCGCUGGCUCCCGAGCCGAGUGUUCAGCGCUUGCGCAGCGUUGACGCCUCCUCUCUUGUCGCGCCUUUCUCUUCGUCUGGGAGUUUUGCCUCUUGCAGUGCCGCAGGCGGGGGCGGGUGCGGCACAGGAUCGCUCUUUUCUACAGGAGCCUCGACCUCGCGAAGCUCGUGGUGGCCUGCAGGAGCGGACACGCCGACAGGCGGCGCGCCGACCUCGCAGUCGCCGCAGGUUUUCCUGUUCCUUCUUUCGUUUGAAAACCCGCGGCUCUGCCCCGCGAGCCCAGUCGCCCCGCCCUUUUUUGCUGGACAGCAGCCCCCCCCUGCGAGCCUCGCGCCGCCGCGAGGCGGAGGCGCGCCGACGCUCCCCGCCCUGAUUGACGGCCUGUGGCGAGCCAGCAACGGGAAGCCUCUCAUCCCGCACAUUCACCGCCCGAGGGCUGCAGCACAGAGGUCGAGUGUGGCGAGGGGUCAGACGCGAGACGGACACGCGCAGGGCGCUGGAGGCGGGUGGAGCGGCGCCGAGCUCAACAGCUCGCUCGCGGGGGCGGGCGAUGCCCGGGGGGAGGACAAGCCCGCGGGCGUUCUCGUCGACACCGAGGAGUACGCCAGUGAACAACUGCGUGCGCUGUCGCAGCAUCUCACUUUCAGCUUGGCGGAUCUCGACCAUCGCGAGCAGCUUCUGCUGCCUUCCAGCAGAGGCUACUGGGUGCGGCGCAUCAGGCCACUGAUUCACCACCGUGGCCUGCUGCUCCUGACGUCGGCAGCGAUCUAUUUCCAGCCGCACCCGAACUUCACCAACACCAGCACCAAGGCCUACCCCCUGCAGUCGCUCCUGCACUGCUUUCGGCGAAUUCAGUGCCUGCGUCCCAACGCUCUCGAGCUCGUGCUGUACUCCGGCCAGGAGCCGCUCAGCGCGUCGCGCGCCGGCGCGGGCGAGUCUUCUUUCUCUCGAGACGUAGACCGCGCUGGAGGACUCCACGCGUCACUCCAGCGGGGGGGUAGCCAGGGGCCCGAGUUCUGCGAUUUCGGCGAGAGAAACGGCGAGAGGGAAGGCGACAUCGCCACGGAGAGAUGGGCAGGGAAGGCAAAGACGAAGAAGCCGUUCAAACUGAUCCUGCUCGAAUUCGAGAAUGAAGAGGAAAGGGAAAUUGUCGCCAGAGCGCUUCAAAAGCAAAAACCCGAAGCCUUUCUCGUCCAGUCCUCUGUCCACUACGUGGAGUGCAUGAAGCAGCUGUGGGUGAACGGCCGCAUUUCAACGUACCACUACUUGGAUUUUCUCAACUGCAUCGCGGGCAGAAGCAAGUCCGAUUACAGCGCCUAUCCGGUCUUCCCCUGGACGAUUAUGCGUUUCCAGCCCACGGACACAUCUCUCCCGCCCGACGACGCGACGGCGAUGCGCGACCUCUCCAAGCCCGUGGGAGCUUUGGAGCCGCAGAGACUGCAGGCGCUUCUGAAGCGCAUGAAGGAAAUUCAAGUCGUAAGCCAUCCCGCGGAGGCGCCCCUCGCGAGCAGGCAGUUUAGCGGCGGUGGCGAGGGGGCACACAUCCACGAGGAUGAGCUAGACCGCAGCGCGGUGUCGUAUCUGUACGGCAGCCACUACAGCACGCCGGCCUUUACAGUGCACUGGCUGGUUCGCCUCGUGCCCGAGUGCCAGCUACGGCUCCACGGCGGUCGCUUCGACGCGCAGCAGCGCAUGUUCAACAGCAUGCAGAGCGCAUGCAGAGGAGCCCUAACGGGCCAGUCGACGUUCGUUGAGUUGAUUCCCGAGUUCUACGAGUACGAUCCUUCGUUCUUGCUGAAUCGCUUGUCGGUCUUCCUCUCACCGCUUCCAGCGUCGCUGCCGCUCUUCCCCUCCUCAACGCACGCGCUCCCGUCGGCCGCGCAGCAGCCGCCCGUCGCGCUCGCGGACGUCGAGCUCCCCCCGUGGCCUCCUGCGGCUGAAGCAGACAGCUGCGACAGCGGCGACCUGUCGCCCGCCCUGCGGUCGGCGCCGCGCGGCUCCAGCGCGCCCAUGCGAGACGACGCCAGGGCGGAGACUGUCCCUUCAGAGCCGCGCACCUUCGUGGCGACCGCGCCCGCCUCCAGCCGGCGAGGGGUCAGAGAGAAGGACGCGCGAGAGGGCCUGCGCAGACGAGCCGAGUGCGGAGACGCAGCUUCGUUCCUCCUCCACCUGCGGCAGGCGCUCGAGGGCACCUGGGCCAGCAAACACAUGCACAACUGGAUCGACCUUAUAUUCGGAUACAAGCAAACCGGCGAGCCUGCGCGCGCAGCUUUCAACGUCUUUCACCCGCUCACGUACGCGAACGCGGCGGCCGCGGCCGCGACCGGCAGCUGCUGUCCCCUGGGAGCGCAGCAGCCUCGCCUCUCGCGCGCCGCCGCCGCGAUGCUCGAGCAACUCCAGCCGAGUGCCCUCCAAGUCCAGCUGCAGGAAUUUGGGCAAACCCCGAUUCAACUCUUCGACAAACCCCACCCGAUGCGCCUGGCAUGUCCGCCGUUCGACGCCAGUGCGUGGGAGGAAGCCUGUGGGCACCUGCCGGGGGGAGGGAGGACGAGUGGUCGUUCCUCGGCGCUGCCGUCGCCGACGCGGGCGGGCGUCUCGUUGGGCUCGGGCGCGGUCGGGGCCCGCCCGCUGUUGCCUGGCGCCCGCGCCUCGGUGCGCGGCACCAGCAUGUGGGACGACAUGCCUUGGUUCGUCUUCAUGCACCACAACCGGCACCUGCUCAAGGGGCUCCUGGACGCCCCGCCCGUCGAGCGCGCGCUCUCGAGCCCCGCGGCGGGCCUCGGGCUUCUGACUCAGCGCCACGGGCUUUCGCUCCCGGCGGUGACGCCGACGGGCGGGCGGCUCGGCGCCCAGGGCAGGACCCAGACCGACGCCCAGGCGGGAGACCAGGCGGGAGAUAGAGGCUGCGCGGGGGGCGACGGGCGCGAAGGCUUGCGGCCUGCGAGCUGCUGGGGACUGCCUGCGGCCGGGCGGCUCGCGGCGAAGCCGCACCAGGAGACCUUCGUGCCGACGUCUCGCGCCGCGUCUUCGCCGUCAGGGUCGCAGGAGAGAGGCCCGAGAGGCGCGGCGCUCGGCGACACACAGGGAGACAGAGAGGCGACGCGCGGCUCCGCGGCGCCGCCGACCGCCUCGCCGCUGUCCGCUUUGCCGGGGGCUGCGUCACCGUCGCCCCUUGCGGCGGCGGCGUCGUUCUACGUGGGGGCGUCGGAAGGGAGCGAGCGAGAGACGGGUAAGCCGGCGGCGCUGGCGGCUGCCGCGGGCGCCUCGCCGUUGGUGCCGCCGUUCGCGGCGCCGAAGGCUCCAGUCUUAAGCGCGCCGGCCAGCAGUCCGCCGCGGUCGCCGUGGGUCGUCUGGCUGAAGAGCCGCGACCAGAGGAAGCCGCGGAAACGCGCAACUCUCGCGAAAUGCGCUGGGCGGACUUCGCUCACCGGCCUCGCGCUGUGGACUGACGCCGCGUGCUGCAUCGGCGGCGACGGCAGCGUGACCUGCUUCCAGCUGAGAGAGGCGCUUUGCUCCGGAGGCGACGCAGAGGCCCGCGACGCCAGGGCCAAGGAGGGCGAGCUGCCGGAGCGACGGAAGGCGGCGGAGGCUGAGGAAGCGCACAAAGAGGGAGAGAACGGCGCGGUCGGGAGGGGAGACGGCGAGCCGCGGGGCGGGCGCAGGGGAAGACCGGAGGAGGAAGCUGACGGGGGGAAGGAGACGAGCGGCGAGGACGAAGGCGGUAAACGCUUCGACGUCGGCGCUCUGCAGUCUCGUGUCGUCUACCGCCUCGCCUCGGUGCCGCUGUGCAGCACGGCCUUUCUGGGCACGAGCGGGGUGAUUGCUGUAGGCGCCUUUGAUGGGAGCAUCGCUUUGCAUGGCAUUCACAGACCGCAGGUGGACUACUCGCGUGCCGCCGCUGCGGGCUGUGAGUCGGACACGGGCACGUCAAAGGGGCCUGCGCUCGAGGCGCCCCCCGUCGGCGCCUCGGCGGUGCAGAAAAACGGGGCGACGGGUCAGGCGGCUUCGCCAGGCUUUUCGAAGCCAGCGGGCGCCUCUCCAGCGUCCUCCUUUUCCUCUUACAUGCCGUCGGGCCUCGCGCUCUCGCGCCCGCUGAGCCGCCACGUGUGUCACGCCGACAGCGUUCUCUCGCUUUGCUACAACCCGUCUCUCCAUCUGCUGAUUUCUUCCUCCUCGGAUGCGACCGUGCGCGUGUGGGACGUCGCUGCGCUGCUUUCGUCCUCUCAGUAUCCAUCCAAGUCGCUUCUGCUGCUUCAACAAGUCCUGGAUGAGCACGAGGGCGAGGUGACGGCUGUAGCCUCGCACCGCCACCUCGUCUUGACCGGCAGCGAAGACGGGCUUCUUCUCCUCUACGACCUGCGCGUUCCCUCGCAGCGCUCGGGCGCCGUCUGGGGGGUUCACAGCGCUGGACGCGCGCCCGUUCAGUCGUGCGAAAUCUCGGAUUUCGCCGCUGCGGCGAUUCUCGAGGCUGCGUUUCUCGAAGACCGGCCGUCAGUCUACGCUCGCCGCCGGACCGCGCCUUCGAGGUCGUCUUUUCUUGUCCAAGGCGCGCUGGAGGGGAGUCGCGAGCACGCCUACGCGUCCGCAGGCAGGUGCCUCUACUCUUCCUUCUGCUUUGCGCCUUCUCCCUUUCUCGACGCCUCUCGAGUGCCAGCCGCCCCAGCCUUCGCGGCCGCGGACGCGAGCUGCGUCUCGUUCCCCUCCUCGUACUUCCCGGUGCAGACCUGGGAUCUCCGCGGAGCGUCGCCGCAGCCGUUCGCCUCGAGUUUGUCGCUCAACGGCGCAAGCCGCGGCUUCGGCGAGGGGCGGGGUGCGCGUGCGGCGCACGCGGAGGAGGCGCGGCAGGCGAGCGAAGUCGACGACGGGUACCACGCGCUGCUGCAGAAGCGCGGCGUGCGGCCGCUCUGCGGCUGCCUGGACCCUGCGCUGCAGUACGUCCUCUUGGCGGGCGUGCGGCGAUGUGCGGAGAGCGACGACGCGGCGCCGGCGCGCCGCGAAGGGGCGGACGCGAGGGCGGGCGGCGCGCGCGAGUUUGAGGGCUUCCUUGGGCUAUAUGACCUGCGCACGCGCAACGAAGAGCUCUCGUGGACUCUCGACGCGAUCCAGGAGCCCGCCUUCCUCGCCACCGCCCCCGGCAGCGCUGAGCUGUCGGUCAUGGGCGGCGGGAGCGACUUCGGCGGCGGCACCGGCCUCAUGAUGGGAACCAACUACAUCGGUGUCGGCGACGUCGAGGGAGUCCUCGAGCUCUUCGCCGCGGGCGACGGCGUAUGCAGGCGCGCGCCGUGGAGGUGA